CUGAGAGGGGUUUUUUGGGUCGAUGGGUGAAAUGUUUCUGUAUUUGGUUUACUCUUUCUCUUUCCUAGGGUUUUUAUUUUUUUCCCAAUGCUAAGCAUAUCAUAGGGUCUUUGUUCUAUACUCAGUCAUAAAUUGAUCUACACAAAGCCAUGCCUCGGUAUUACUGUGACUAUUGCGACACAUAUUUGACCCACGAUUCUCCAUCUGUGAGAAAACAGCACAAUGCAGGCUACAAACAUAAGGCAAAUGUGAGGAGCUACUAUCAGCAGUUUGAGGAGCAACAAACUCAAAGUUUAAUUGACCAGAGAAUCAAGGAACAUCUUGGCCAAACUGCUGCAUACCAGGUUGGUGCUGCUUACAAUCAGCAUGUAAUGGUUCAGAGGCCCCGCGCACCGGUUCUACCAACACCUGUUAUGCCAAUUCCUGGAGGUGCUCAGUUGAAUCCGGCAUUACUCCCAGGGAUGAGGCCUCCUGUUUUACCGAGGCCAAUUCCUGGUCCUCCAGGUUACAUGUCUGCUCCAGGCAUGCCACCAAUGGUGGCACCACCUGGUGCGCCUCCUGCACCUGGUCAAGUAAAUGGUCUUCCUAGACCUCCAGCUGUUCUUAACCCAACAGCAAUUCCUGGUAGUGCCACACCAGCUGCUUCAUCUACUGGAGCUCCUGCCAUGGUAACACCUUCACCAUAUCAAGCAAAUUCAUCUGUUCCAACAAGUGGUGGGUUUGACAGUUUCAAUGCCAAUGCCCAAGCUCCUGAGUCCAAUCAUUAGUAUGGGCCAAGCUGUCUUAACUCGCUUUCACUGCAUGAUCUAUGGCUUGGGGUUCUGGAUGUGUUGUAAUGCGCUCCCAGAGUUUGGCAUGCAGCCAAAAUGGAUGUGAACUUUUGUCAUUUUGUAAACAUUAAUAAGAUGUCAUGGAACCCAAUGUCGUUCUUUUGAAUGCCUGUGAAAAUUUUUUAUUCAAUGUGAUUUAAUUAUAGUGGCAGAAAGUGGAUAGUAGUAACUUGAAACUAAUGGUUAUCAAUGGAUUUUGGUUUGUUUUA